UGUUGUCGUUUCCAUUUGGAUUUCAGAAUAACAACCAAGUGGAACAGAGUGGAUGUUAUCUCACUGCAGUAAUAUAACACACAGGUAUCAGCUCCAGUCAUUUAUUAGUCAUGUCUUUCAAAGAGCAAAUUUGUUUUGCUCUUUUUACAUCCACCAAGGAGGUUAUGUUUUCACCCCCGUGCUUUGUCAGCUAGAUAACACAAACAGCCACAUGGACAAGUUUCCAUGAAACGUGAUGGAACCAGAAAGAAGUUAAAUUUCUUUGUUUUCCACUUUAUUAAACAUUGUGAAAAUGGAUUUGGACUCAAAUAAUCAGACGUAUUUCAGGGACAGAUAUUUCUGAGUGUGUUUGACGUGGACUGAGUUCCUCUGUGAGAUCCUCCAGGCCUUUGUGGUUCGGACCAGCUCCAGGUUGUUUGACCUGUGUCCUGUAGAUCCUCUCUAUCUAUUCAGGUUAUCUACAGCAAAUACAAGGCUGGGCAAACAAUGGGCUGCAACAGGAGAUCAGCCCAGGGCACACGAGGAGUCGGGUGUUUGCUCAGCAGCUGAGAACACGUGUCCAGUGUCAAGCGUUUGAUUUUGUUUUCCGGGAGGACGAGCUCCCUCGUUUCUCUUCGUCUGUCAAAUCACUUUUUAAAACUUCAGAAGAUUCAACAGCACCGAGAUGUAACUGAGCAGCAGGAGGAGGAAGUGACUGGAGAAAAGUGUGAAGGAGGGAAUCCUGUUGAAGCAGACCAGCUCCUUCCAGAGAUGGAAGAGGAGGUACUUCAAGCUCCGAGGCCGGACCCUGUACUACGCCAAAGACUGCAAGUCCCUAAUUUUCGAUGAAGUGGAUCUGUCGGAUGCUAGUGUGGCCGAGACCAGCACCAAGAACAUCAACAACAGCUUCACGGUGAUCACUCCCUUUCGCAAACUGAUGCUUUGUGCCGAGAGCAGGAAGGAGAUGGAGGACUGGAUCGGGGCGCUCCGGUCCGUCCAGAAAUGGGAAACCUACGAGGCCAGCCAGUUCAACAUGGAGCAUUUCUCCGGGAUGCACAACUGGUACGCCUGCUCGCACGCCAGGCCGACCUUCUGCAACGUGUGCAGGGAGGCGCUGCCGGGCGUCACCUCCCACGGCCUGUCCUGUGAAGUUUGUAAGUUCAAGGCUCAUAAGCGCUGCGCAGUCCGCUCCACCAACAACUGCAAGUGGACCACACUGGCCUCCAUAGGAAAUGACAUCAUCGAGGACGAGGACGGGGUGUCCAUGCCUCACCAGUGGCUGGAGGGGAACCUGCCCGUCAGUGCCAAGUGUGUGGUGUGCGACAAGAACUGUGGCAGCGUGCGGCGGCUGCAGGACUGGCGCUGCCUCUGGUGCAAAGACAUUGUCCACAGCAGCUGUAAAGAACAAAUGGGGAAGGUUUGUCCCUUGGGUCAAUGUCGAGUGUCAAUCAUUCCCCCCACUGCACUGAACAGCAUCGACUCAGACGGCUUCUGGAAGGCCACGUCGGCCUCGUGCUCCAGCCCCCUCCUCGUCCUCGUCAACUCCAAGAGCGGAGACAACCAGGGCGUCAAGUUCCUCCGCAAGUUCAAGCAGCUGCUCAACCCGGCUCAAGUGUUCGACCUGAUGAACGGAGGCCCGGAGCUCGGCCUUCGUCUUUUCCAGAAGUUUGUGACGUUUCGGAUCCUGGUGUGCGGAGGAGACGGCAGCGUGGGCUGGGUGCUCUCAGAGCUCGAUAAACUCAACCUCCACAAACAGUGCCAGCUGGGCGUGCUGCCUCUGGGCACUGGGAACGACCUGGCCCGCGUGCUGGGCUGGGGGGGGCUCUGCGACGACGACGCUCAGCUCCUGCAGAUCCUGGAGAAGCUGGAGAGAGCCACCACCAAGAUGCUGGACCGGUGGAGUGUGAUGACAUACGAGCUCCCCGCCACCAGCAAACACACACCAAUCAUGAAGGAGGACGACGGCCUCGAUUCUCCGCUGCAGGUGCACAUCACUCAGUAUGCAGACUCCGUGGCCUCACACCUCGCCAAGAUCCUGGACUCGGACAAACACAGCGACGUCAUCUCCUCCGCCAAGUUCCUGUGUGGGACGGUGAACGACUUUGUGGCGGAGGUGGGGAAGGCGUACGAGAGAGCCACAGAGAACAAGGAGGAGGCCGACGCCAUGGCAAAGAAGUGUUCGCUGCUGAACGACAAACUGGAUUCUCUGGUCAAGGCCCUGAGUGAGGAAGCAGAGGCUCAGGUUGUGCCGGCAGGUUCGAUUCCCAUCCAGGAGAGCGGCGGCGGCGGCUCGAACCCCGGAGAAGGUGGCGGCGAGUCGGGGUCAGAGGUCAAAUCGUACCGGUCCAAGGAGCAGCUGAUGCUCCGAGCCAACAGCCUGAAGAAGGCGCUGAGGCAGAUCAUCGAGCAGGCGGAGAAAGUGGUGGACGAGCAGAACCGACACACACAGGUCCAGAGGAUGUCCUCCUCGUCCUCCAUCAAGAGGGAGAACAGCGAGGAGCUGAAGGAGGCCGAGCCACGUCCGGGCGGCCUAAGUCCAACCUCCCCCAUCGUCCUGGAGAAACCAGAGAGUCUCCACACCGUCACCUUCAACGAGGACUCAGUACACUGUUCAGAAAAGUGUGUGAUGAACAACUACUUCGGCAUCGGCCUGGACGCCAAGAUCUCCCUGGAGUUCAACAACAAGAGAGACGAGCACCCCAAGAAAUGCAGCAGCCGCACAAAGAACAUGAUGUGGUACGGAGUCCUGGGAACCAAGGAGCUGGUGCAGAAGACCUACAAGAACCUGGAGCAGCGAGUUCAGCUGGAGUGCGACGGCGUCCCCGUGCCGCUGCCGAGCCUCCAGGGCCUCGCCGUGCUCAACAUCCCCAGCUACGCAGGAGGCAUCAACUUCUGGGGCGGCACCAAGGAGGACAACAACUUCGGGGCGCCGUCGUUCGACGACAAGAAGCUGGAGGUGGUGGCCGUGUUCGGCAGCAUGCAGAUGGCCAUGUCCCGGGUCAUCAACCUGCAGCACCACCGCAUCGCACAGUGCCGUCAGGUGAAGAUCACCAUCCUGGGGGAGGAGGGCGUCCCGGUGCAGGUGGACGGUGAGGCGUGGAUCCAGCCGCCCGGCAUCGUGAAGAUCGUCCACAAGAACCGGGCCCAGAUGCUCACCAGAGACCGGGCGUUCGAGAGCACGUUGAAGUCGUGGGAAGACAAGAGGAAGUUCGACAGCUACCGCUCCUCCCGGCCCCGACUCAACUCGCAGCAGUCCAUGGAGUACCUGACCGACGAGGAGUGCGCUCAGGUGCAGCAGCUCGGCAUCGUGGCCGACACGCUCAUCAACAAGAUCCGCGAGGCCGCCAAGACCCACAAGCUGGUGGAGCAGGAGCUGGCUCACGCCGUCAACGCCACCGCCCUCGUGCUCACCGAGGCCAAAGUGUCCAGCCCGGAGUGUCUGAGUCGCAGCACGGCCGUGGAGAUCGUGAACAUCAGUAAAGUUCUUCAGGCCGAGACCAGGAUGCUGCUCGACGGGAAACUUCUGUCGGAGUCUCCAGAGGAAGAGGAGCUCCGGUCGACUCUCAACAGCCUCAGUGCCGAGCUCCACAAGCUGGACGACAUCCACUGGAUCUGUCCGCUCAUGUGCUCGGACGAGGAGUCGGUGAGGAGCAGCAAGAGCAGCAGCAGCAGCAUGAAGCUGAAGAUCUGCCCCAAGGUGAAGAAGGACCGAGAGAAGCUCCACAAGCAGAAGUCCAACAGUUCUCUCUCAGGAACUUGGGAAAUCAAAGGUGUCGCUGAGGCAGAUUCCUCCGGCAACUGAACUCCUGCGUGAGGAGCUUUUCAUCCCGGGGGGGGGGGGGGGGGGCCUGCCCAGUGACCUCACAGAGGAGCGAGGAAGGAAAACCAUCUUCCAACUUUUACGCCGUUCCCCUCCCUGUGUCGCUACUUCGUCCUUUUUUGAAACGGGGGGGGGGGGGUAAUCCUUCUCCUGUUGUUUGAAUUAGUUUGAAAGGGGGCGUGGCUUUGCAUCGCUUCACCAUCAGCGUUUUGCUUCUGUUGACCUGCUCCGGCUGGCAAGUGGGCGUGGCCAAUGGGACGAGGGAGGCGUGGCCAACGACGUCGCCAAACGUGUCAUCGACGACAACAUUUUUACGUGGUGCUCUCCUCGCAUGUUGAGUGCAGCCAUCUUGUUUUAUAUCUAUUAUUGCAAAUCGUUAAAUUGUUUUUCCUCGUUAGCUUCAGUUGUUUUCUUCAGUAUUUAUUUCUCGUCGCUGCUGCCAUGAAAACUCCGACGGCAUCAAAUCCACAAAAUGAACAAACAUCUCGACCUUCACUUCUACUGAGCUGGAGAAUAUCUUAAAUGUUGCAAAAAAUAUUUACUGAGGAAUGUACUUGUGUGGACUGGUGUUAACCUGGAGAUUAUAAAACGUUUAAUGAUGAUAACUCGCAUAUGAUUUCACAAAGGUUCUGUUGUGGUGGUUCCUGAUGAGCUGUGACUCAUGAGGUCCGAGGCUGCAGAGGAAAACGUUCUCAAGUCGUUUCAUCCGUGUUUCAGCUUUUUGAAAAGAUGGAGAGACUUUAAAGUUCGGUACAUCGCUCGGUUAUUAUCACGUUUUAAAAAGGUUCGAUGUUUUUGACAGUUUACGCUGAGGAAGCAUAUUCCUCUUACUUUGCCAUACUCUUGAUUGUAAAUGUAAUAUAGGAAUAAGAGUCAGUGGAUAUUUGAUUUUUGCCUUGUCUGUGGUUAAAAGCUAUUAUCAACAUCAAAUAUAUAUAUAUAUAUAUAUUUUUUAGUAUAUCUUAUUUUCCCAAUGGUAACGUGUGAAGCUUUGCUUCCGACAAACUCGGCCACUGUGCGUAUACACAAAGCCAGUUCCUGCUGUUGUGUGUCGCUGCAUGUGAACUCACAUUCGCCUCUUCACACAUCUUCAGCUGAUUGUUCCGACCAGUGGCAUUUGUGCAAUUUAAAUAUUUUAUUAUCUGCUCCAGGUUAUUGUAGUAAGACACUGGAGGAGGGUUUAGUUUAGCGAAGGAAAACAGAUGAACGUCCAUCUUUUCCAGAGAGUUAUUAGACUUCAUAUUAAGUUGAUAUAUUAUACGCCUGCAGCCUGAAUCACCACAUGACGUGAGGAACACGUUUGGCUUUAGUACAAUUUACAUGUUUUACAGGAAGGACCAUUCAGGAAGUUAUUUUGCGAUGAUACAGCAAAAGUGUGAAUUGCUGAAUUACAGGGUAUCAUUUUAAAAGCUAGAAUAGUUCGGAUGUAAGGAACUCAUCGACAUUAGGACCUGAGUCUCAUAACCACAGAAACCUAUUUUAUCAAGACAACACAUGAAUCAGAAAUCCACUUUGACUCAGGUCUUUUAUUUUGAAGGUUAAACUCACGCGGGAUCGUUUCUGUGCUUCUUGGUUUCCUGUCCUUCAAACUAGCCCUUGAGGGGGCGGAGCUACUGUGAGGCGUUGUACAUUAAUUUCUAGAUCUGGUCAGAUUGUGUGUUCAUCGUGUGCCGCUACACACCUCAGAGGCUUUAGUGGUGUCGUGCCAAGUUCAGUGGAUUAUGAGACAUACAAGGUGUGGGUGUGUAUGUGGGUGUGUGUGUGUGUGUGUGUGUGAGCUUCAGAUGCAAAAGACGUAUGUCGUACAUUUCAAAGUUUACUGUAUCUUGCCUUGCACUUUACAAAGAAGCAAACUUUACGGGGGGGGAAUACAUUUUACUGUACGUGUGUGUGUUUAAGACUUCGAGUGGGUACGAGAGUUUUUUAUAUUGAUUUAAUAACUUUUAUUUAUGUCAAACGUGUGUUGAUGAAAUGUAUUAUAUCUAACCAAGUGUAAAAAGAAUGAUAAGUGUUUCUUACAUCAGUGGUUGACCAUCUGCUCCCAUGUGACACCAGUAUGAUUGUCAUCCCACUGCCUUUCAGAUGUCGCUCAGAUUUAACGAGUUCUUCGGUAUCAUAAGAGACAGUUCUGCCAAAAAUGUGAUGUCAUGUACAGCUUUUGUUGAAUUGCUUUAUUAAUAUUUUUAUUGUUGGAAAAUGGACCGGAAGCGAAUACAGGAUAAAAACAUUUCAUAGUUGUUUAUCUUUUUAAAGCAUCUGAAUAUAAUCGACUUUAUUUAAUAACUUUUUGGACCAGAGCUCAAAAGACACAUGACCAUAUUAGUGAACACGCCCCCUGAUCCGAGCAGCCAAUCACGGAGGCUGUGUGCAGCGCUGGGAGCCGACUCGAUGUUGCACGACCCUGUACGUUGCGAGGUGUUUUAUUGUGUAAUUGUGUGCAGUGUGUAACAAAGACAAAGUCAGUGCAACCCUUUGGAGAUUAAAGGAUUAAUUGAUGUGAAGUGAACAAUC